AUGGAGGAGGGACGUCGGAAAGCAGAUGCCGUCUCCAGGGGACCUCCACGCUCUGCCCACCGCCAGGAGCUCUGCAAAGUUGUGGGUGGGGAGAGCCCUUGUCCCUCCAACAUCAACCCAGACCCCUGCAGGGGGCUGUCUGGUCCCCGGGAACUUGAUGCGGGGUUCCGAGCCACCAGCUGCAGCGACCUGUCUGUCUGUUCCUCUGUCUGUCCGUGUGCCUGGGCUGCUUGCCGGGCCGGGGCUGGGAUCCCUUGUCAGCAGUUACAUACCUGCAUUCGGAGGCCACCUGAGCCCCAAACCCCUCCAUCGGCUGCGCCUGGACCAGGCCCGGCUGGCCCCUGGCUGAGGAAUGCAACAGCGCUCAGCGCACGGAGCAGGGGGUUGGGAACUCUAAGGUCUGUGUCGAGUAGGACCAGUGCCCUGGUCGGGGAGGCCAGAAAGUCUUUUGUGGACUCAGAGGCAUCUGUCAGGCUCCUUCUCCGCUGUGCCAGGUGCAGGGGUGGGACAGUGACCAGCCCCUCGUGCUUGAGGAAGGAGGAAGACAGCGGUGUGUGUGGCCGGAGGCAGACACAGACUCCAGCUGGCAAGCUGUGUGUUUGUGCCGCUGGGCACGUCCAGCUCUCUCACCCAAGCUGUGGGCUCAGCCCCUCGGAGGAAAGCACGGGACGCCGCGAGCGGAUUAGUGUGGGCUACAAGCAUCUCGAGCUGGCAUUGAAGUGGAAACUGAAUCAGGAACGAGGAAAACGGUUGCUCCCUGAAUCUUCGUGAACACGUUCCUUGAAAGCCCCGCCUGGGCCUUGCCCGGCUGGUAUCUGCCCCUCCUCCCCGAGUCCUCCAUCUGAUGGAAGGUGCGGUCAGAGCCCGGAGAGCGGGGCACCCCGCCUGCUCUGCCGAGACUCUGUGUCCCAGCCCAGCGGGAAUAUGAGACGGACACAGGUGCUCAAAGCCCCUGAAACCGCGUCUUGGCCUUUUCUUCAUCAGCUCUCUUCUUGUUCAAAGGUGUGGGAUUUUGGUUCCAAAGGAGACUCUGGACAACAGGGAAGCAGCUCCCCCUGAAGUGGCCCUAGCUCUGGGAGGCUUUCCCCGGUUCUGCCUGCAGACCCCGCAGGUGGCAGGGAUGGCCCCAUCUGGGCAGUUCUAGAAGAAGAGCCCACAGGACUCCGUGAUGACUCAGUCUGGACUUCCUCCUCUGCCACACACAGACAAGAAAGGCACAAGCUCCAGGGACAUGCGGGGGGACCCCAGGAGAUGGAGGCCUCAUCAGGCCUGAGGCUCGGACCAGCUCCCACUGAGAGGUGGGGAGGACCAAGGCCACCUCCAAGAGACACUUGUCAACCCCCCACGACUGAUUUACACCUGCCCCCAACACGUGCCACACAGUCCUGAGCUGGGUGCUGGGUUGAGCGGCUCACCUGGUCUGGGUCCUGAGAGGCCCCCGAAGAAGGGAGGGGCUGUGAGAUUUGGGGAGUCCAGGCUCUGCUGGUGCUGCGACCAGGGGGCAGACUUCCCACCCCACGCCCACGGGAGGCCCCAUCUCCUAGGAGCCCAGCGCCAGGAAAUGGCUUCCCUCCAUGGGCCCCUCCCAGUGGGCCAGACUCGACCCCAUGGGGACCCUCCUCAGCCCACACAUGGCAGUGGCAGGAGGGAGGUGAUCUUGAGAGCCACAAGGCCAGGGACUGCAAGGGGGCAUGGCUGAGGGAAGAGACGCAGGGAGGACCACACUUCUGACUGGGCAUCCUCCUCUGGUCACCGCUAAGCUGGGUGGCCUUGGAACGUCCCAAGAGGGGAACCAAGGCAGAGAGGCGCCGGGCUGGGGCCACCCUUGUCAGCGGGUCCCAGGAGGCCUCGACCUCUCCCCCCUCCGUGGGGAGAGGCUCUUGUUUCACUUCAAGGCCAAUUGACGGUAAAACAAACAUGUUUGUGUUUAUUGGUUACGUUUCUUCACACAAAGGAAAAUUCCUCCCCCCUCAUUAUAAAAACUCAGACAGAACCAACUAGCGCAGAGAUGGAGGUUAUAUCCCUGCCACCCUAGCAAGCGCCCUUCUUUCUGCCUCGGUUAGAGUCCACCGCGGACACUGAGCCGGGGUGCUCUCCUCCCCGCCCCGCACGCCCACCGCCGGGCCCGCCAUUGUGAUCAGACGCCAUAGUUACCUUCAGGGGAUGGGGACGGCGGUUGAGUGGGGCAGCUUGCCUGGGGUCUACAGAGCCGGACGCAGUGCAGACACUCAAUCUGGGGGUCAAAUGAGCGAGUACGAGCAGGACUUUCUCCAGCUCCCAUCCUGUGGUCCACUCCUCGGCACGCUACCUGUGGUCACACCCCUGUAGGGAUGGGAAGCUCACCCCCUGUAGCCCAGGGUCCUCUGCAUCUCAAGGUCAGGAAAGUUCUGGGCUCACGGUGGGCUGGGAGCCCCAUGCGCAGUCAGUCAGCUGGGAACAGGAAAUUAACCCAGACGAGCUGUGUUCCAAAGUGCCGGAGUCUCUCAGGGACGUCCUUUGACUCAACUGUGGGGGAGGCCUCUGCGGCCUGGCGGUGGCCAUGGUCAGAGUCCCCCAGGCCAGGGGCAGUGAGGGCACAUGUGGGGGAGGGGUGCUAUUUUCCCUGGACAGUGUCUCGAGUUCAUGUGAGACUCUGGGCCAUCGAGGGCUGGCCCGAGACGCAUGGCUUCCUCAGCGCGGGACUGGGGGCUGGCGUGGGCUGGAGGGAACCCCAAGACCCAUGCUCCCUACGCCCUUCCCUGGACCUCAGCUCUUCUGUUUCAGCAUCUUCCGGGCAGCCUGGCCUCCAGGAGCUGUGAAAAGGCUCCCUAGAACCUCACCCGAGGUGCAGGGGUGCGGAGCCAGAGGGGGUGGGGUGCCCUCCAGGCCCAAGCCGCUGGGAGCUGUGCCCCCCGGCCUUCCUCUUGUGCCAGUGUGUUUGUUCACAUUUGUUUACAUUUGGUUUAGAAUUCAGGCGGGCCUUGUUUGAUUGCUCUUCUCAGACACUCUGAUUUUUACAAACUGAAGGUCUGCGGCCACCCUGCGUCAAGCUCAUCAAGUGGAGCCAUUUUCCCAACAGCACUGGCUCCCUUCCUGGCUCUGUGUCACCUUUUGGUAAUUCUUGAAAACAGUUCCAGCUUUCUCAUGGUUAUUAUAUUUGUCACAGUAUCUGUGGUCAGUGACUUUGGCAUUAUUGCAACUCACGGAAGGCUCCGACGAUGGUUGGCAUUUUUUUUUACA